CCUCGCCGUCUUCCAUUCGUUCCUUAGGUUUCAGCUGUCUGUCCGCUGACACCCGCGGCCACGGGAGUGUGUGGGGUGUCCCCAGGACCUCGGGAACGAGGCCGGCCUUCGGCCGUUUCUCCGCCACUUCUCUUCUCCUCUCCCUUAUCAGUCAGUCAGUCAGUCAGAAAACGUUGUUUUGGCACCUGCCAUAAGCCAGGCGCUGCGCUACGCUCGGGGGACACAGAGAGAGGCAGCCACCGGCCCCUUCCUCUCCCCUCCGCCUCCUCCUCUGAAUACUAACUAGCAUUCUUAUAGCUCUCUACCGCUAUCCCCUCAUUCGGGCCUCACCACAACCCAGCAGGUCUGCCUUUUGAAAGAUUUGCUCUUCUAAAAGAAAGAAGUAUGGAGGAGAAAGGAAUGGUCCCUCUGAUUCUAACAGCCAUAUGCAAGGAGUCAGUGACGUUCAAAGAUGUGGCUGUGGACUUUAGCCAGGAAGAGUGGGGACAACUGAAUCCUGCCCAGAGGCAGCUGUACAGGGAUGUGAUGCUGGAGAACUACAGGAACCUGGUGUCCUUGGGGCUUCCAGUUUCCAAACCAGAGGUGAUCUCCCAUUUGGAGAGAGGAGUCAUACCAUGGAUGUUGGAAAGGAAAGUCCCAAGAGACAUCUGUCCAGAGUCCAUUAGUCGGGAGCUUAGUUGUGAAACCAUAGAGUCACCUUCAACACAGAGCAUUUCUGUGGGAGAACCCUUUGAGGAAGGACUCAGAAAGAAUGGUUCCUGGAUUUCCAAGCUAGGAGAAGUCUGGGAAUGUAAUCUCAAAUUAAACCAACAAAAGUGUUAUGAGGAAAGGCAGUCCCAUCAAGUGACAGUCACCCCCAGAAAAGGUUCUACUAAGAUUAAUGUUAAUGAAUGUAAUACAUUUGAAACAAACUUCAGCCUGGGAUCAAUCCUUUUUGUCCAACAGAGAGUUGAUACAGAAGGAAGUUUGCAUAAAUGUGAUAAACCUGUAGGAAACUUUAAACAAUAUUCAGAGCAAAUUAAGCAUCAUGGAAUUAUUUUUGAGAAGAUUUGCAAAUAUAAUCAAUGUAGGAAGUCAUUCUGUUAUCAUUCAGGUCUUAAUCAAUAUCAUGGAAAAUAUGUUGAGGAAAAAACAUCUAAUGGCAAUAAAUGUCUGACAGUCUUUAGAAACACCUCAUCCUUUACAAAUAAUAAGAAAUUUCAUAGUGCCGAGAAACCUUUUCCUUGCAGUGAAUGUGGGAAAGCCUUCAGCCAGAGAGGAAACCUCACUGAGCAUAAGAGAACUCACACUGGAGAAAAACCCUUUGAAUGUCAUGAAUGUGGGAAAUCUUUUAGUCGUAGUGCACAUCUUACUGAACAUAAGAGAAUUCAUACGGGAGAGAAACCUUUUGUUUGUAGUGAAUGUGGAAAAUCCUUUAGCCGAAGUGGACACCUUACUGAACAUAAGAGAGUUCAUACUGGAGAAAAACCCUUUGAAUGUCAUGAAUGUGGGAAGUCAUUUUGCUGGAGUGGACAGCUUACUGAGCAUAAGAGAAUUCAUACUGGGGAGAAACCCUUUGAAUGCCAUGAAUGUGGAAAAUCUCUUAGCAACAACUUUUGCCUUACUCUACAUCAGAGAAUUCACACUGGAGAGAAACCCUUUGAAUGUAAUGAGUGUGGGAAAUCCUAUAGCCGGAGUGGACACCUUAUUGAUCAUAAGAGAAUUCAUACAGGAGAGAAACCCUAUGAGUGUAAUGAGUGUGGGAAAUCCUUCAGCCAGAGGGGACACCUUACUAAACAUCAAAGAAUUCAUACUGGAGAGAAACCCUUUAAAUGUAAUGAGUGUGGGAAAUCCUUCAGCCAGAGGGGAAAUCUUACUGAACAUGAGAAGAUUCAUGCUACAGUGAAGCCCUUUGAAUGUAACAAGUGUGGGAAGGUUUUCAGUCGAAAGUCUUACCUUCGUCUGCAUCAGAGAAUCCAUACAGGAGAGAAACCCUUUGAGUGUAUGGAAUGUGGGAAAGCCUUCAGCCAGAGGGGACACCUUAUUGAUCAUCAAAGAAUUCAUACUGGAGAGAAACCUUUUGCAUGUACUGAAUGUGGGAAAGCUUUUAGCCUGAGGGUAUGCCUUACUCUACACAAAAGAACUCAUACUGGGGAGAAACCCUAUAAAUGUAAUGAAUGUGGGAAAGCUUUCAGCCAGAGGGGACACCGAGCGGAACAUCAGAGAAUUCAUACUGGAGAGAAACCCUACAUUUGUAAUCAAUGUGGAAAAGCCUUUACCAACAACUCAAUCCUACGGAAUCAUCAGCGGAUUCAUACUGGAGAGAAACCCUAUAAAUGUGAUGAAUGUGGGAAAACCUUCAACCAGAGGAGACCCCUUACUGAGCAUCAGAGAAUUCAUACUGGAGAAAAGCCUUUUGGGUGCGCUGAAUGUGGGAAAGCUUUCAGCCGUAAAGUUUACCUUACUUUACAUCAAAGAAUUCAUACUGGAGAGAAACCAUAUAAAUGUAAUGAAUGUGGAAAAACCUUCAGCCAGAGAGGAGCCCUUAAACAACAUCAGAGAAUCCAUACUGGUGAGAAACCUUUUGAAUGUACUGAAUGUGGGAAAGUUUUUAGUCAUAGGGUAUGCCUUACUAUGCAUCAGAGAGUUCAUACUGGAGAGAAACCUUUUGAAUGUAAUGAAUGUGGGAAAGCCUUUAGCCAGCAUUCCAACCUUACCCUACAUGAGAGAAUUCAUACUGGAGAGAAACCCUUUGAAUGUAAUGAAUGUGGUAAAACUUUCAGCCAGUUUUGCCACCUAAUUGAACAUCAGAGAAUUCAUACUGGAGAGAAACCUUUCGAAUGUAACAUUUGUGGGAAGGCCUUCAAUCACAAGUGGCAGCUUACUGAACAUCAGAGAAUUCAUACUGGAGAGAAACCCUUUGAAUGUAAUGAAUGUGGGAAACACUUCAGCCACAGGACAUCUUUUAUUAAUCAUCAGAGGAUUCACACUGGAGAGAAACCCUAUGAAUGUAACGAAUGUGGAAAAGCCUUCAGCAACAAAUCAAGCCUUUGGAAUCAUAACAGAAUUCAUACUGGAGAGAAACCAUUUGAGUGUAAUGAAUGUGGGAAAGCCUUCAGUCAGAGAGGACACCUUACUGCACAUCAGAAAAUUCAUACUGGGGAGAAACCCUUUCAUUGUAAUGAGUGUGGGAAGCACUUUAGUCACAAGACUUCCUUUAUUCAUCAUCAGAGAAUUCACACUGGAGAGAAACCCUAUGAAUGUAAUGAAUGUGGGAAAGCCUUCAUCAGCAAUUCAAACCUCAGAGGACAUCAGAGAAUUCAUACUGGAGAAAAACCCUUUGAGUGUAGUGAAUGUGGAAAGGCAUUCCGUCAAAGUUGCCACCUAACUGAACAUAAGAGGGUUCACACUGGGAAGAAACCCUUUGCUUGUAAUGAAUGUGGGAAAGCCUUUAGCACCAGCUCAACUCUGAGGAAGCACCUUUGUAAGCAUCUUUGUAAACUUUAAAGCACUAUGAAUGUGUAUGAUGGCAAUGUUGUGAUUAUCAAAUGAGCCAUACUGAAAGAAAACCCUCAUGAUUGUGAUUUUAAAAAGGAGAAAUGAUAGCAUGUAGUUUAUCACUCAUCAGACAUCAGAUGCUUCCUACAGGAGAGUCAAGAUGUCACUUUGUCACCAGGUACAAUAUUAUUUGGUCCUUUGUGAGAGAAAGACCUUGAUAUCUUUUAUUCCUCCAUGUUACCUGCCAUCAGGUGAUAUUAGAGUGUUAUUAGUCAGUGCAGCCAAGUAUGUUAGGGCAAGGCCUGAAACUCUGUCCUAAAAAAAUCUGUUAGUAAAUCCUCUAAAAUGUUAUUUAACAAAAUAGCUCAACAUAAAUUUAGAGUGAAGGAAUAAAAGUGGGAAGAGAAAUUACCUAAAAUGACAAUUUUUUUUUUUCCGAGACUGGAGCGUGAUUACUAUGAAGCCAGCUUUAUUUAAGAUCCUCCGUGAUGUAAAUGAACUGACCCUGGGUUGAAUUGCGACCAGUUUACACAUUUUCUUGCGUGGGGGUUUGGGAACAUAUCGUUGAGUAUCACUGUUGGAAAGGACCUCAAACAUAAUUUAAUCUUACUGAUAACUUGUGGAAAUGAAGAAUGGAACAGGGGUGAGGUGGAAACAAGAAUUGUCUUUUAAUGUUUGGAUUUCUAUUUGAUGCUUCAAUGCCGACUUGAGGAAUUUCAAGAGAACUCAACCUGAAAGAUCAAAGUCUAGAACCCUUGUGUGUAACUUAUACUAAGAAUAAACUAGAUUUAGGAGGCUGGUGGUGAAACUGAUGAUGUGCAAGUGACGUGACAUGGGUGGGAACUCACUACAUUGAGGAAUAAAAGGGCUACCAGAUUGGGUUCUUCACGGACCCAGAGAAACGUUUACUCAUCUAAAGACACUGGUCCUCAGUGACCUAACAAUAGCCAGCAUUUAUCUGGUGCUGUAAGGUUUGCAGAGCACUUUUUAUAUGUUACCACAUUUGACCCUCAUUGUGACUCUGUGAGCCCUAGGGAUCGUGCUUCAGGGUAACUAGCUCAGCUGGAGAGUCAAUCAUGACUGCUCUUCAAUCGGAGCAUCUCAAGGUUUUGUGGGAAUGGUGGAGUGUUGUUCACUCAAUCUUACUGUCUUCAUGCCUGUGAUCUCAGGAGCUAGAA